UGUUCAUUUCAGGGGCUCUCUUUCAUUUCCAGCGAAGCACACAGAAGAAACUCAAUGGCGACAGCGGUGGCUUCAGUAGGCCAAUCGACUCUCCUCAGCUUCAGCAAAUCCCCUAGGGUUAGGGUUUCUCCUCCCCCCCAAUCCUUGAGGUUUUCCACGGGCGCCGCCGUCGGAUUCGCCACCUCAGAGCUCUCCGGCCUCAGGAUCAGCAGCUCCCCCUCGACCCAGCUCUCAAACCCUAGAAUCGCCACUGCCAACCCCCUCAUUGUUGCUCGUAGAAUAUGCCCCUUCACGGGGAAGAAGGCUAACAGGGCUAACAAGGUCUCAUUCUCCAACCACAAGACAAAGAAGCUCCAGUUUGUGAACUUGCAGUACAAGAGGGUUUGGUGGGAGGCAGGCAAGCGGUACCUCAAGCUCCGUCUCUCAACGAAAGCCCUCAAGACCAUCGAGAAGAAUGGGCUCGAUGCCGUAGCCAAGAAGGCUGGUAUCGAUCUCCGCAAGAAAUGAUGAAAUCACUGUAUUGUUUCUCUAAGCUUUUCAAUUCAAUGCACAUUUUGUAUCUGUUUGCAUUUUGAAUGUAAAACUAGCAUUUUAGCAAUGCAAAGCUCAUAGCUUUAAAAUCAAA